AUGGAUUCUGUAAGCCCUGGAUUUGGAACACCUUUUUCAGAUAUUCAAAGCGAUAUAAAUCUAACGAAUCGUGCUCCUAACUCCGAAGAGGCUAGUGUGACCCCAGAAUUACCUCCACAAUCUUCACCAACCAACGGUUCAAAGAAACCCAAGAAGAAAAAGAGAGUUGCAUGUGUAGAAUGCCGUCAACAGAAGUCUAAAUGUGACGCACAUGAUAAAGCGCCAGAACCAUGUACUAGAUGUCAAAAGAAAGGCGUUCCAUGUGUUUUGAAGAAAGAUUUCAGAAGAACAUAUAAGAGAGCUAGAAACGAGGCCAUUGAGAAACGAUUCAAGGAGCUAACUGCAACACUAAGUAAUCUUUCUUCGGAACAGAUUUUAAAAAGGAUUGAGGAAGAGCAGCAACAAUUACUAGAUAACAGUAAUUUUACCAAAGAUAAAAUAAAAAAAAUGAAAGAUGAGAACAUGAAGAAAUGGCAGCAAGAAAACCAAGAAACCUCGAUCAUAAAUUCAAUUAACUAUCAAGAAGAAAAUAGCCCAGUGGCAGCGCAUAUAGAUAGCAAUGGUAAUAAAACAAUAUCUGAAGAAAAUUACGAUAAAAGUGCAAAUGUUGUUUUUCACUUUUCAGAAAUGACAGAAGAACAACUUAAAUGCUCACCAAAAAAUUUAGGUGAUGUAUACGUUUCAAGCCAGCAGAUAGCUGAACUAUUUCAGGAGUUUGCAACAAAAUAUCACAUAUUCCUUCCUGUUGUAAAUCUAGAAUAUGGGGCGGAGAAAAUAUACAAUUUAUCACCUUGUCUUUUUUGGGUCAUAUUACUAAUUGGUCUCCGAAGGAAGCCUCAGUCUACCCACCUAAUGAAAAAAUUAUCUGGUUUGGUGAAGUCCGUGUUAGCUGAAAUCACUAUUUCACCAAUUAUAAGGUACACACCAUCGGAAACAGACGAGCCUGUAUUAAACGUUGCAUCUGUCUACUCUGUCCAAGCUUUUUUGCUGUAUACGUUUUGGCCACCGUUAACUUCCUCAUUAAGUGCAGACACAUCCUGGAAUACUAUCGGUACUGCAAUGUUCCAAGCAAUAAGAGUAGGUUUAAAUUGUGCUGACUUUUCCAAGGAAUACACGACAGCGAAUUUUGAAUUAAUAAAUGAACAAUUGCGUACGUGGGUAUGCUGCAAUAUUGUCUCACAAUUUAUUGCCUCAUCUUUUGGCUUCCCAUCCUACACGUCCUUUGACAAUUCCAUUUUGAAUUCCACAUCUCUGUUAUUCAAUCAGAUGAAGGGAACAAACAUACCAUUGCCUUUGAAGCAGCUAACACAGAUUGCACGUUUUGAAAAUCAAGUUAUAAACACCAUAAGUAACAAUGGCACCAACGUCGUUGGUGUAGCUGACCGAGAAACUGUUCACCCACUAAUUCAGGUCUUAAAUCAGCAGCUUGUUCACUUGGAUUUAUCGUUAAGGGAAUCCAAUAUCGAUGAUAUAAGGAAGUUUUCGUUAUUAGUUGCAAAGACACAUUUAUUGACAUAUUAUUUCAACGAUCCAUUUUUGUCGGAAGUGGGAUCCAAAGAUGGUAACCAUAAUCUCAUGCAAUUAUCAAAUAAAACAGAAGCUUUAUUUGAGACCAAAAAAGGACUAGUGAAAGCAUACAAUGCAGCAAUUGAGUUUUUAAGUCAUGCUCAUAGUAUGUGGAAAUCGAAUCCCACAAUAAUCAAAUAUCUUCCUGGUGUUUUUGUUCUUAAUAUUUGGCAGUCAGCCUGCAUCAUAAGUAAACUAGCAAAUUCGUCACUAGCCCCUAUGCUUGAUGUUGCAUACGGGAAAAAAGCAUAUCAGAAUGCAGUCUUGUUAACAUUUAAUGCCUCUGUUUUGAAACACGAUAUGGCUUAUCGGUCGUCGGGUAUAAUGAGAAGCAUAUGGUCAUUGUACGCUAACAUGUAUGAAUCUUGGAAAAAGGAACAGAGAAAAAAAGAAAACAGUUUUGUAGAAGAAUUCACAAAUUUCAAUCUAGGUAUAACAGUAAGAUCUAGAAUGGCUGUUAGUGUUUUUUUUGAUUGCUUGUAUAUAUUAAAAGAAAAAUCUGGUAUGGCUAAGCUUGAAAGAGAAUCUAAAAGGUCUCAUAUUUCCGGAGAGAAUGAUGAAAAGAAUGACGAAGAUGAUGAAUCUGAUUCUGGUAUUGAAAAAGGUACAUCUAAGGAUGCUAAGAAUAAUGAUAUAAAGCUAUCGCAUGUUAAGAACCCUGAAAUGAAAGCAAGAAGAAUUAUAGAAACUAUACCACUAGAUCCAAAUCCUAUUAACGUUUCUACUGGAAGCAGUAAUGGUAGUCUCACAAAUACACCAAAUAGUAGCACUUAUGAUAAUCAAUCUGUCCACGCAAACACGAAUAAUAAGAUGUCACCAGAAUCUUACAAUAGAGGAAAUGGAACAUUUAAUCAAUACAUUCGGCCAAAUUCAGAUGUUCUUAGAAAAAAAGAAAUCUCUAAAUCCUUAAUUAGACCACCAGAGACAUCAAUGUUUGAUAUUGUAAGAAACCAAAAACCUAAAAUAACCAGCGAUUAUAGAAAUGCAACAUCUGGAGAGUUUAGUGAACGUCAAUUGCAAAACGGAAAAUCCACAGCUCAAUCUCCAAUACUGAACGACAACCUUGGUAUUAAAUCUAGCAAUGACUUGACCAACCAACAAUUCAUAAUACCAUUCUCGGAUGAUCAUAUCAAUACAACCCCCACAAAUGAUUCACCUAACUCAAUUAUGGCUAAUUGGGAUAACUGGGAGUCAGAUGUUGUUUGGAAAGAUGUUGAUAUUUUAAUGAAUGAAUUUGCAUUCAAUCCCACACUUUAG